CAAUGAGGAAGCGAAAUCGCACGCGACACAUGGCUGCAGCACUAAACAUGCUCGCAUGAUCGCAUGAGAGAAAAUAAACAGUUUUCCGUUUUCGUAUCGUCCCAAAAUAAAGGCACAAUUCCUACAAGGGACGCGUGUUCUCCAGCCUGCUCUGCAGAUCGCAUUAGAUGGCAUCCCCUGUGGAGUCCUCUGUGAUGAGGAGCACUGUGCUUGUUGCUCCAGUGACUGCACUGGAAUUCCUGGGGGAGGAAUUCCUGUUGACAGGUGAAGGACCAAUCCUCUCUGUGUACAGUCUUCAUGCACCUCCUACAAAAUGUACAUCUUUGAAUGUUCUCCAUAGCUACCGUAUUCAUGGGAUACGACCUAGGAAAUGUUCCAAUGAUUUAAUUUCAUCUGAAAGUUCUCUUUGGGACAAUGAGGAGCUAAUUAUUUUUGGAGGAAAAGGAGUGCGGCUUAUCAGCCUUAGUUCUGGAGGGCAAUGUCUGAAGUUGAUUAGCCCUCUCUUGGAGCUGCAAGACUGGGUUUUAGACAUUCAUUGGCUGGAAGGAGUACCCCAUCCACUGUUAGGCGUAUCCUUGGCCCACAAUGCCCUGCUGCUUCUUGAGGCAGAAUCAGGUAACGUUCUGUCCCUCUACUCCUGCGUGGAGACCUGUCUUCUCUAUUCAGCACUUUUGAUUGGCCCAAGCUGGGACUCUUUAGUGCUGGUGGGUGGCACUGUUUUCAAUCAGCUGGUGCUUUGGAGGCCCAGAGGGUCUGAACCUGAGGGCCAUUCCCAGGUUGAGAGACGUCUGCUUGGCCACAGUGGAGUAAUUUUCAGCCUUUGCUACCUUAAGAAAUCUGAAUGGCUAGCGUCUGCCUCAGACGACCGCAGCGUUCGUUUGUGGAACGUCGGAAAACUGGGCGGAGAUGCAGGUUGUGGUGAGGAAUCACCCACAUGUCUGCGGGUGCUUUAUGGGCACCAAGCCCGGGUUUUCUGUGUCAGGCUUACGCCCAGUCGCGUAUUCAGUGCUGGGGAAGAUGGAGCGUGCCUGCUGUGGGAAUGGAGAGGUGAAGGCAAGGUUGGACAUACUUUUAGAGGGCAUAAGUCAGGUGGUGUAAGGGCUUUGGCUGUCAGCGAAGGAAGUGUAUGCUGUAGGGGGGGAUGGAUGGCUACUGGAGGGGCAGAUGGUGGGAUAAGGGUGUGGAAAGUGGCAAAGGAAAAGAAAGAAAGUGAGGAAACACAGGCAGAACCUCAGAUGGAUCUGGGUUUUAAAGGGCAGGGUUGCCCUAAGGUUGUUCGAUUAGUAGUUGAGGGUGGAGUGAAUAAAAUUCUGGUUUGUACUGACCAGGGAGAGGUGUACCUUGGUCAGGGUGAAACCUGGGAUGUAAUUUGGCAAGGGGGAGCAGAAUUCCAGUCGUAUUGUGUGAUGGAGGUCACAAGCGUCCAAGUCCUGAAUUAUGAUUCUGUUGUGUGGUUGUGUGCGGUGGGUAACCUGAAUGGAGGUGUCAAAGCAUUCCCUGUGGGACAGCCAGGUGCGGGUGUGUUACUAAGAGCUGGUGAGGGUAAAGUUCAUUCUGUGCUUUGGUUAAAGUGUCUGUUUGGAGGUUGCUGGGGUUUGUGUCUUCUUGCAUCAGGUUCCGAGGGAUUGGUGUACAGGUGGAAAAUAGAAGUUAUGGAAGGUGAGACAGGCCUACAUUUAAAGGUGAAAAGACUACCUCCAUUCCUGUUGCCACCCUGUGCCAAGCGUUGGCUUACUUCUGCAGUAACCCUGUCGCAGAAACAAAGAUCAUACCUGUGUGGUGACCGGAGAGGCUCACUGCUGCUUUACACCGAAAGGGAGGAGAAUGACAGUAGAAAUCUGGAAAGAGGAAACGGGAUGGAUUUAAAAGAUAGCGAAACAGAGAGCGGGCAAAUAAGCGAAGUGCAAGGGGUGACAGAACAGGUCGAGCAAGAAGCAGCUGAAAAUAACACAGCAAUUAAGAAUAGUGUCACUGACAACAUUGACUGUCCUCUGUCUCCAGUCAGCACCCUUUUCGGUGUCCAUGGAAAGCAAGGUGUGACUUCUGUGUGUGAGCAUCAGGGCGUGUGUUACACCACAGGUCGAGAUGGGUGUGUAAGAAUAUUAACCGUGGAGGACAAUGUUCUGACGGUGCGUAGAGUUCAGCGGGCCUGCAGAGGGAUGGAAUGGCUGGAGAAGGUUCUGUUUCUGGGCUCCAAUGGACCAGAACUUCAGGGAGACACACUGAAUGAGAGAAUGGAGGAAGGGAAGAUCAAUAUAGAGAUGGGAGUAGGAGGAGAGAAUGAAAGCGUAGCCGAGGCUCGUUAUGUAAUGGCUGGCUUCCACUCAGUUAGCUUUGUUAUAUGGGACCCUCACCGACAAGAGAAGCUAUUAUCUGUUGCCUGUGGAGGUGGACAUCGAUCCUGGGUCUACAGACCCCCGAUACACACCCACUCAGACACUCAUACACACACACUUGGGCAGGGUACCCUUGUGUUCAUCAAGCAAGGAGCUGUCAUGGCAUCUCAUUCUUUAGAGUUCAGAGGAACCGAUCUGAAUGGACACACCUUGAAGGAGGGGCUACAUGGCCGGGGUAUUGGCUGUGUGUGUCGCCUUGGUAGUGUCACCAAGGGAGGAUCAGAACUCUGGGAGGUUCUUGUUACUGGAGGGGAGGAUACUACAGUGAGCGUACUUGCUGUGGAACCGAAGAGUGAAACUGUGAAGGUGCUCGCUGUUCUAACGGACCACAUCUCUAAUGUUCGCACACUGGGUGCUGUCAGAAGAGGAGAAAGUAAUGAAAGUGGAAAGGAUUCUUCCUCUAUCUCUUCUUUGGUAUUCUCAGCGGGGGGACGGGCACAAUUGCAGUGUUACCGGCUCCUGAUUCGUUUGAAUGAGCAGCAGGGUCAGCCAGUCUGUAAGGUCACUCAGAUAGCUGGCCAUCGAUUGGAUAAGCAGUGGGAACGGAAGCGGAACCGACACAAGACCGUCAAAAUGGACCCAGAGACUAGGUACAUGUCUAUGGCAGUGGUGCCUGAUGGGAAUGAAUGUGUCCUCCUGGCUCUGGGGUGUAGUGACGGUGCAGUAAGGCUCUUCAGUGUGACUGAGAGCAGUAGGAGGGUUGAGAUGCGUUGGGAGUGUUUUUACCAUCAAAGGUGUGUGCUCAGCAUCGCCACCUACAAGCUGGAGGACACCAAUUGCAAACAGCUUUUGUUGCUGUUCAGUGCCACUACAGAUGGUUGUAUAUGUGUGUGGGAUUUGACAGCAGUUUUGAACAGCAAGGCCAGUGUCAGCUGGCAGGGUCCAUCAGCCCCGUUCUUUUCCAUACCUGUCCAUCAAAGUGGAGUCAAUACUCUUGCCUUAUCAAAAUGGAGGGCGGAGGGACAAAUGGAGGAAAACCAGAUCUCAUUGGUCAGUGGUGGAGAUGACGGACAGCUCUCUGUGUUGCAUAUCAGGAUAGAACAUGAACAGCAGAAGAAUGGAGGUGUAUCCAUACAGCUACUCACUCACUGGUCAGUGGCCUUGGCGCAUUCGGCACCCCUCACUGGGUUAUGUUUGCUAAGCCCCACCCUAUUGGUGUCCACCUCACCGGACCAGCGCAUAUGUUUGUGGAGUGUGACCAGUGAUGGGCUUCGCCAACAGAAGGUACUGUUCUCGCACACAGCAGAUGCUGCAGGGUUGUGGGCGUGGCAUGGGGCUGGGCCAGAGGAAGGAGACUGGGUGGUUGUUUGUGGGCAGGGCUUGCAGCUGUUUCAAUUAACCGAUGGAGAGAAGGAUGAACUGAGUGAAACCGGUAACAGGAGAAAAGAGGAGGAGAGAAGGAAAGUGAUAUUUUCACAUCGUUUUCUGAGGACAUAAUACUAACUUAAAUUCAAAUGAUUGAUGUCAAAAGUUUUAGUUGUAAACUUGUAAUUUUUACAAAUAAAGACUUUAAACAUUUUUUUAAACUA